AUGAGCUAUCCAGCAAUAUUACAACAACUGCCUUCACCGGCGAAGCCUGACGAUUCACCACUCAAUGUUAACUAUAGUGGAGCUCGACCUAUAAGUGGAACACGACACGCUUUCGGACAGGGCAAACGAGCCUAUGCAUCUCAAGACUUUAACCCAGCGAUCGACUUUUACUCGCACGCCUUGCUGCAUAGCUUUCCUGGAUUUCCUUCAGAGCUACCGUCAUUGUCGUUGUCGAAUAAUCUACACCUUACUACACUUGUUGUAAGCUAUGGGAUGGACGAAGACAAUGGCCUUAUUCCGCUACUACGACGAUCCCCGUAUCUGAUAUCCUUCACGCCCAACAGCAAAAAAUAUCGGGACUGUGCGAAAAUACUGAGGCACGAACUAUACUUUGCCGACAUUACCACCAGGACCACCAUUGUCAUCAUCGCCCACCUCAUCAUCUGUUAUGCAUCAGCUUCGCAAUAUACUGGUUUGAAGAAGCUCAAGCUGCAGUCCCGGUCAAUGGAUUUAGGUGUAGCUAUGGAUGAUGGCCCUAUUGGCACGGCUUUUCGAAAUCUCACACCACCCUGA